AUGGCCCCGAGGAUCUCACCGUCGGAGGUCGCAGAGAACGCGAUCCGUUCCAUCGGUCGAGGUUUCGAUAUCUGCGCCGAUCUCCGUCUCAAGGCCUGCAAGCCGGACUCAAAGGAACCCUGCCUUAUCGAGCUGGACCAUGGCCAGGGCCGGGAACUUUAUCUUCCUGGGGGUAUAUCAAUCCCCAACGUCUCAAAGUCCAUCAAAUGCGACAAGGGCGAGCGGAUGCGAUUCAGAUCCGAUGCUCUCCCUUUCCAACUGGUUCGUCCUCUCCAUCUUCUCAUCACCUGUUCUUCCUCCCUCCUGGUGCAUAAUUCCUGCUGCAGAGGACGCCACGGCGUGCUUCCAUAGUGCGAUAUGAGGAAAGAAUCUUGUCUUCUCGCAGAUGGCUGAGCAAUUCAACAAGGAACUAUCCCUAUCUGGGAAGAUCCCCUCGGGCCUGUUCAACAAUUCGUUCAGAUUCUCUGGUUCCUGGCAGAAAGACGCAUCGACCACCAAAGCUCUGGCCUUCGACGGAUGGUUUAUCACGCUGUACACCAUUGCGCUGGCGAAGUCACAGAUUGUCCUCCGUGAUCACGUGAGGCGUGCUGUUCCAACGACGUGGGAUCCUUCUGUGUUGGCAAGGUGAUUUAUCUCAUGUUAUUAUAGCCAAUGCAACAGAUAUGUGCUGUUGUGAUCAUCAAGCUUUAAGCUAUGCAAGGUGGAAGAGAUGGUUACCAAAUGCUUUUGAGUUAGAUUGUCUGUUGUUCAUCUGUGUUCUACGUCUUGCUCAUGAUGGGGCGUGCCAAAAUAGUUUUUUAUGGGUUUACUCCACAAUUUUUUGAGACAAUUAUGCAGUAGGAUUGACCUUGCGAGAAUAAUUGGCCUUCGUUCUUUAUGUUGAUAAAUAGAACUUUUUUUUUUUUUUUUGAGAACUAGAAUAUUUUCACAUGAUCGGAUGAAUGAGGGAAUGAAGAUUUAUGUUCUAGGAGAUGCUCUGCCUUUAAGGCAUCUUUGUUAUGAUACGAAGCACUCCCCUCAUGGAAUAUAAAGACCUCUCAACCAUUUAAGUCUCUUAAUUAUCAUAAGAAGCACUCUAUUGAUAUGCUUCUGAAAAGGAGUAUUUCUAAUAGUGAGCAUGAACUUAGUAUUUUGAACUAAGUUAGUAAGAAUGCUCUUUAUGAACGGAGUUAUUCUGGUUUGAUCACGUACUAAUCAUAUACAUUGAAAUGAAAAAGGUAAAGCAUAUGUAAUUUUGUUCACAUCCCCUGAGGAACUAGUAGUAAGUACUCUGUGCUAGCUGACCAGUCAAUAACAUAAAGUCAGUUCUUCUCAUCUUGGAUUUAUGCUUGAUAUAGAUGUAGCUGAUUAAUCCAUGUUUAAGAGAGCAAACCCAAUUUUAUUUAGACAUAUAUUUUACCAUUUAUAUUCUUUCCCAGGUUCAUUAAGAAUUUUGGCACCCAUAUUGUGGUUGGCGUGAAGAUGGGAGGGAAAGAUGUAAUUUAUCUUAAACAACUACACUCAUCAAGUCUUCAAGCUGCUGAGGUUCAAAGAAGACUAAAAGAGAUGGCGGACAAGAGGUUCCUUGAUCAGAAUGUGAGCUAUGGUUUUGAUGCAGAAGGCUCAUAUGCAAGGGAUAAGGUCUCUCUCUCUCUCUCUCUCUCUCUCUCUUUUCUCUCUCUAGAAGAAAAAGAAGUCUAUGCAUACCAGCUCAAUAGUUGAAACUUGCAAUGGUUAUCAUACACAUCUCUCCAAAUCACAUGCUUAGAAAGUCUUUGAUCAGGUUACUUUUCUUUAAGAUUUAUCUUGAGAAACCACCAUUUUUAGUCCAACCUUGGCCUUUACGUAGGAAGAAUGUGGUGUGUGGGGGUCUAUUGAUAUCGAAUUUAUGGUGUGCCCAAUUUGAAACUGUGCACGAUGUAUAUGCGACUUGUUUAUUAGGAUGGUUGUGGCGUUUCAUCAUCCGUGGACAUUUUUAUUAUUCCACCUUGAAACUGAAGGUUACUUUAUAGAAACUUUUCUUAUGAUUGAUAAUAUGUGAUGGUCAUCUUCAUAUCUCUUACUUUGUAUAGUAUGCUCCUCGAUGAGCGCGUGAGGGAUUUUUAGGUUUAUCUUAUUUCUUCAUUGGCUUAUGUUUUCCUACGAAAGAAUUGCGGAUACGAACAUUCUCAUGAAAGCCCCAUGCUCUCUAAUGAGGAAGUUUAAUCUUUAAAUUUCGUGAUAAUUAUAAAUUUUAUAUUUUUAAUCACGUUAUUAUCCUUCUUUAUUAAUUCGCUAUUUGACAUGGUUUUAAAAGUGGGCUAGUUGCCAAUUUUCCAUCAUUUCAUUGUUCCUUAGCUAAAAUUGAUAGAUAACAUUGAUGUCAUGUGCAUUCCACAACUAUUUUCUGUUAAAGAUUAAUAUUUUUUAAUUCAAAAUCUUAUUAUUUGGCAUUAUGUUAACGAGUCCGUUGACCCCGGAUCAGUCUUCUUUCAAAUAUCUGAUCUGGCCCAAGUCAACUGUUGUACUUUUAUCAUAUUUGUAAACCUCUCAUUUCUGUUUUAAUUGGUUUUCACCUUCUGUCCUGGCAUUUUUUAUAACCAGCAUUCUUCUUGUGGAGCGAAAUAUGUUGAUAGCAGAUUGUUACAAGUCAACCCUGGUUGCAUUUAUUAAGCCUUUAUGAAUUUUCUGAGAUAAUAUUGUUCAAUUUAUCCUUGCUCAUUACAGUUUCCAUCUUAUUUUUUUCUCAUGAUCUGUGUUACUUUUAUUCUUCACUUCUUACAUCUAAUCAAUAUAAUUCUCUGUAUAAAUUCAGCCAUAUAUGGGGGUGCACCGUCUACGGUUUGUGGAAUCCAGCCCCGCAAGGUCAACGGCAAGAAACGAGGUGGGCCACAAGAAGAUUACAUUGUUUCAAAGUACAUUAAAAAUUAAUAAAAUAGUUGAGAUAAAAUCCGUUGUUUCAUGGUUGCAGGAUAUUGAGAAAAUCUGCAUCAGGAGAGGAGGAAGCCCUCUAGAACACCUGAGCCACAGUGAAUGGCUGAGCACUGUUCAUCAUGAGCCGGAUGUCAUCUCAAUGUCCUUUGUUCCAAUCACCUCUUUGCUGAAUGGAAUCCCUGGCAGCGGCUUCUUGAGUCAUGCGAUCAACUUGUACCUGCGCUGUGAGUUGCCCACUAUAAUUAACUCAUACCUAUUUCUCCAUAAAAGCGUUGACCAGAUGGAUUGAACAUUUCUUUCCUACCCGGUUCUCUUCUACGAUCAUUUCUAGUUGACUCACUCGGGAAGCACUGAGGGGGGUCGAUCAGAGAAACCCUCGCGUCAGACUUCAGCAAUGACUUUGACUUUGCUUAUUGUGGUUAAGUGCUCCAAUAUACUUGCAGAUAAACCUCCAAUCGAAGAUCUGUACCAGUUCCUGGAGUUUCAGUUGGCGAGGCAGUGGGCACCAGUGUACAGCGACCUCCCCCUCGGCCCGCAGCGGAGGCAGCAGUCAACCGCGUCUCUUCAGUUCUCCUUCAUGGGUCCAAAGCUCUUCGUCAACACCCUCCCGGUACCGCAUCCCUCCCCUUUCUCAGUGAUUCCUUUUUAUUACGAAAAAUAAAUAAUUACUUACAUAUUUAUCCAUUAUCAUAUGAUAAGAUAAGAAUUGCAUAUGUAUAUCGUUGAGUUCAUCCAUAUUGUCAGAAAAUUGGCCCAAUUUUUCAUACAGAGAAAAAAAGCUAGAAAAUAAUAAAAAAAGACGCUUUUGGUGGUGGGUUCUUCUCAUCUGUCUCUAUCACAGGUGGACGUGGGAAGGAAGCCGGUGACCGGCCUCCGGCUGUACUUGGAAGGGAAGAAGAGCAACCGGUUGGCAAUCCACAUCCAGCACCUCUCCUCCUCGCCCCAGAUUCUGCAAAUCCAGGACGGCGGCGCCGCCGCGUCCCUCGACUCCAACGAACAGGACUUCUACGAACCCAUCCUGUGGCGGAGCUUCUCCCACAUCUGCACCGCCCCCGUUCAAUCCGACGACGAGGUCGCCAUCGUCACCGGCGCUCAGCUUCACGUCGGCCACCACGGCCUGAAGAAGGUGCUGUUCCUCCGCCUGAAAUUCGCCCGAGUCGCCAACGCCGUCUGCGUGAAGAACCCCAACUGGGCGGAAGCUCCCGGCCCGGGGAGGAAAUCGGGUCUCAUCUCAACGCUCAUCAGCACCCACUUCUCCAUCCCGCUCCAGAAGCCGGCGGCCCCGCCGCAGCCCGAGGCGGUGAACAUCAACUCCGCCGUGUACCCCGGCGGCCCCCCGGCGCCGGCGCAGGCGCCACGGCUGCUCAAGCUCGUAGACACGUCGGAGCUGGUGCGCGGCCCGCAGGACUCCCCCGGCUACUGGGUCGUCUCCGGCGCGCGACUCAUGGCCGAGAGGGGGAAGAUCUCGCUCCAGGUCAAGUUCUCCCUGCUGACCGUCAUGAUGGACGACAGUGACGAAGACGACAGCUUAGAGUACCCUGGAGACUAG